CAGCACGCCUUGCGCCUCGGCCCCACUUCCGGAGUCCACGAGCAAGAUGGCGGCGGACGAGGACCCCGAUUCCCCCUCCGGAGCCCUUCCGACAGCUGCGGAAGAGGAGGAAACGAAGACAUUUAAAGACCUGGGUGUGACAGAUGUGUUGUGUGAGGCGUGUGACCAGUUGGGAUGGGCCAAGCCCACCAAGAUCCAGAUCGAAGCGAUUCCCUUGGCCUUGCAAGGUCGUGAUAUUAUUGGGUUGGCAGAAACGGGAUCUGGGAAAACAGGUGCCUUUGCUUUGCCCAUCCUAAAUGCCCUGCUGGAGACACCCCAGCGAUUGUUCGCCCUGGUCCUCACCCCUACCCGAGAGUUGGCCUUUCAGAUCUCUGAGCAGUUCGAGGCUCUGGGGUCAUCUAUUGGGGUGCAGUGUGCUGUCAUUGUUGGUGGAAUUGAUUCAAUGUCUCAGUCACUAGCCUUGGCCAAAAAACCACAUAUAGUAAUAGCUACUCCUGGCCGACUGAUUGACCACUUGGAAAAUACCAAAGGCUUCAACUUAAGAGCUCUUAAGUACUUGGUCAUGGAUGAGGCAGACCGGAUACUGAACAUGGAUUUUGAGACAGAGGUUGACAAGAUCCUCAAAGUGAUUCCCCGAGAUCGGAAAACAUUUCUCUUUUCUGCCACCAUGACCAAGAAGGUGCAAAAACUUCAGCGCGCAGCUCUUAAGAACCCUGUGAAGUGUGCUGUUUCCUCUAAGUACCAGACUGUUGAGAAACUACAGCAGUAUUACCUUUUUAUUCCCUCGAAAUUCAAGGAUACUUACCUGGUUUAUAUUCUCAAUGAACUGGCUGGCAACUCCUUUAUGAUAUUCUGCAGUACCUGUAACAACACUCAGAGAACAGCUUUGCUGCUCCGGAAUCUCGGGUUCACUGCCAUCCCCCUCCAUGGACAGAUGAGUCAGAGCAAGCGCCUUGGAUCCCUUAAUAAGUUUAAGGCUAAGGCGAGGUCCAUUCUUCUAGCGACUGAUGUAGCCAGCAGAGGUCUGGACAUACCCCAUGUGGACGUAGUGGUCAAUUUUGACAUUCCGACUCAUUCUAAGGAUUAUAUCCAUCGAGUAGGACGAACCGCGAGAGCUGGCCGCUCUGGGAAGGCCAUUACUUUUGUAACACAGUAUGACGUGGAACUCUUUCAGCGCAUCGAGCACUUGAUUGGGAAGAAGCUGCCUGUCUUUCCAACACAGGAUGAGGAGGUCAUGAUGCUCACAGAACGUGUGAGCGAAGCCCAGAGGUUUGCCCGGAUGGAGUUAAGGGAGCACGGAGAAAAGAAGAAACGGAAGCGAGAGGACGCAGGAGAUGAUGAUGAUAAGGAGGGCGCCAUUGGUGUGAGGAACAAGGUGGCUGGGGGGAAAAUGAAGAAGCGGAAAGGCCGCUAAUGCUUUAGAAAGACUUUGGCUCGCCUGCUCACCAGUUGUAAGGUUCUGUCCAGAGAUGGCUUGGCCAGCUGGGAGCUCGUUCCUCAGGAUUGGAGUGUCAUUGCAAUGGGACAACUUUUACAGUGUUGACACAGGACUGGCCACUCUUCAGCUUGCAUUCCUUACCUGUGACACAGUGCCGUGUGCUCUUCAUGCUGCACCUCUGCCUUCCCACCUGCAAGCCACAACCUGGCUGAUGGAGAGCGCUGUCUGUAGUUAACUGUAAAGCUUCUACAGAAUGGUGUGUGCGCCACCUUAUCUCAGCCGACAUUCAACCUGAUGUGGUCAAUAACUAUUAUUAUUAAAUAUGUAUUUUUAUUAUCUG